AUGGACGCCAAACUGAUGGUGGCCACAGACCCUGGCGAUGUCAAGAAGUUGAAGGAUGUCCUCAACCAAGAGGAUGCUGUGGCGAUGGUCGUGGUGACGGCGGCGAGCAAGAAGCCUUCUGAGGAGGACCAACCACCUGCUGGUAACAUUAUCAAUCCCCUGCUACUGGUAACCGCGCGCGUGGGCUCUUGGGUGGGGCUGAAAAUCCUUCUCGAGAGGGAAGACGCAAAAAAGCCACCGAUGAUGAUUCUUACUCAAGAAUAUCUUGAGUUGGAAAAGAGAGGCAUUGAGAUCGCCCAGGGAAGAGAUGCAGUGUCAAUUGCUCGUGAUGUAGAAGAGGGCGCCGACCACCAGCCUGCUGCUUCGCUUGCAGCUGGAGCACUCCUCAUGGGCGUCACCCCUCAAGGGGAUACUGCACUGCAUGUGGUCGCCAGCACUAAUGGGGAGGGCCAGGAAUUCUUGAUUUAUGCCGGCAUCAUCUAUAAGAGGGACAAGAGCCUCCUGUUUGCGACGAACCACAAGGGUGAUACACCGUUACACUGUGCUGCCCGAGCUGGGAAACCCCAAAUGGUUUCUUAUCUCAUUCAUCUAGCUGCACGUGAUGGUGCCGACACGAUGCUCAGGCUGUUGAGAAUGGAAAAUAAGCGUCACGAGACGGCCCUGCAUGAAGCUAUCCGAGUUGAGAAGGGUAGAAUUCUGGGUCAUAAGGAGAGAACAUUGCUUUAUCCCGCUCAACCCGCUGAAGAAAAGAAUAAGCGUGUUGAGCAGAAAAGAAAAGAGGGUGUCCCAAAUGAAGAAGGCCAACGUCGGGUUCAUAUGAAUAAUGCUGACGGCGCACCAGAAGAAAAUAUUAUUGUGAAGUUGCUAAUGGGUGCUGAUCCCGAAUUGGCUAAUUAUCCUGCAGACGGCAUUUCACCCCUAUACCUUGCCAUCUUGCUGGAGAAGAGCACCAUUGCACUUACUCUAUAUGAUAUGAGUGAUGGCAAUCUCUCCUAUUCCGGAGCAGACGGACAAAAUGCCUUGCACGUUGCUGUUCUUCGAGACAGAGACACAGUGAUGGUAGAAUACCUAUUGAAUUGGGACAAGAGCCUUACUACACAAGUGGACAAAGAUGGGAGUACGCCGCUUCACUUUGCCUCAUCAGUGUUUUUUUGGAUGGGCUCUUAUCUGCAUAUUGAGCGCCUCCGCGUACGCCCAUGGUGUCGUUUUCUAUGGUGUCCAUGGAGAUCUACACGGACCCUCGAGAAAGUAUUGGAGGCGAACCGCUUAGCGCUGUAUCAAACAGACAAGAACGGAUCUUUCCCCAUACAUGUGGCUGCCUCUAUUGGUGCCUUAGGCGCCAUACGGUAUUUCCAUGUCAUUUAUCCGAAUAUUGUUGGACUGAGCGACGCUAAAGGGAGAACGUUCCUUCAUGUUGCUGUCGAGAAUGAAAGACUGCAAAUAGUCCUGUAUGCAUGUCAAACUCCAGGUUUAGCUUGGAUUCUGAAUAUGCAAGACAAUGAGGGGAACACUGCACUACACUUGGCUAUCCAGUCACGGAGCUUUACGAUGUUUUGUGCUCUAUUUGGGAAUCUGGAGGUGAAUUUGAAUCUAACAAAUAACCAUGGGGAAACUCCUCUUGAUCUAUCCAGAGGAGAACUUCCAAGGGCAAUGAGUUAUGGACUGAACCCUGAGAAUAGAAUACACAGCGCCUUGUGGUCUGUUGGGGCGAACCAUGGUGCCUUUCGCUGGGAUAAGGCUGAAGAAGUUUACCGUCAGGGUGUAAAGCCAGAAAAAGAUGCAGAAAUGCUGAAACAGGCAACACAAACGCUAAUCAUUGUUUCAGUCUUAAUAGCAACUGUGGCGUUCAGUGCAAGUUUUGCCUUUCCUGGAGGUUACCGAGCCGAUGAUCAUAAAAAUGGAGGCACGCCAACACUCUCUGGGAGUUAUGCUUUUGACACCUUCAUAAUGGCAACCACCUUAGCUUUCAUCUGCUCCACAGUAGCUACGGGUGGCUUCGCGGUUGCUGCAAUGCCGAUGAUUAACUUGAAUACCCGCAAGGUUAACUGUUCCUUAUCCGUGUUUUGCUUAUCGAGUUCAGUCACAUGCAUGUCUAUUGCUUUUGCAUUGGGUGUGUAUAUGGUGUUAGCUCCAGUUGCUCGCAGUACCACUGUUGCGGUUUGUCUUAUCACUCCGGCCGUAUUUUUAAGUAAAAACGUAGAGACUAUUAUUAAAUUGGCUAUUCUUGCACGACCGUUAUGUACUAGGAAAGGGUUGUUCUCAGGAAUGACAGAGUUAUUAAAGAUGCACACGCUCAUGCUGAUCGUGGCACUUUGGCCCUUUGUCGUUGCCUUCGGUUGGCCCGCCUUGGCAAGAAUCCACCACAACCGCUAA